AUGCAACACGUAGCUACAUCAGACGACUUUGAACUUGUUCCAAAUAAAAAAACACCCAGUAUUGAUCCAUCAUGUACAUUCAGUGCCUUUUAUCGUACAUUAGGCGUCAAUGUUCAUCAGCUGCCGGAUACGAAUUUUUUGUAUGAACGUAAAACAAAUAAACAAACCACUCAAAAUAAUUGUAAUAUUGCAUCCCAUAUUUCAUUGCGAACAUCAGCUAGUGAUGUAUCCAUGAAGCUAUUCAAUUUCAAAACAGAUUUCACUCGUACCAUUGAUUCAUCGAAUGUAACACUACAAAGUUCACUUGAUUAUUUACUUGUAACACGUAAUCCACCGUACACGAAUUUUUUUCUUGAUCAUCGACACCGAAAGAGUUCGGAAUCAUCGAAAAAAGGACCUGCAAUGCUUCCACCAGCUCUUGACAUCAACAAUAAGAUUCAUUUUGUUGUCGAUACAAAUAAAUUAUUUCCUGAUAUCCCAGGCCAAUUUGCAUGUGAUAUAUUAUCUGAUCUUGAUUUUCAAUUACUCAAUAAAAUCAAUUUUAAACUUCAAUUCAAUUCACCUCACCACCAACGUUCCGGAUUAUUUACAUAUCAUGCACAAGUUGAUAAAGUUACUCAUGGUCAUGUAUUUUCUGGUACGAGUAAAUCUGAAUUACAGUUGGACAACAAACAAAUACAAGUUACAGAUUCACCAAAAUCAUUAAUAACUUUUUACGGUGUUAAAUUAAAAGCACCUAAACAUAAAUUAUUUCAAUUAAUGGAUCUUGAUGUCAAAGCUUUAUGCAAUGGUAAUGAUAUUGCCACGCAUAGUUCAUUAAAUGCUCAAUACAAUCCUCAAUCAAUCAGUCAAGUUAGUGCUAUCAUCAGUACAAAGUUUUACGGAAAAGAAUUUCAAAAUUCAUUGUAUGCUCUAUUUAAACAACAUCAAGGUAUUGUACGGUUUUUUUUAAAUACAACCGAUAAUCAAGAUUAUGCAUACGAAAUGGAUAUCGGUUUAGAUACCGAUUUACUUACAGAACAUACGAAACGAACGAAUGAACAAGAAACAGCUAUGUCAGAUAUUGAUACUAAAAAAUGCACUGCAACUGGUACAUUUGAUAAUUUACAUACUGGUCGUGUACGUGGUGCUGAUUUUAGUUCAAAAACAAAUAUCGAAGGAAAAAUCUUGCAACCGAACAAACGAGGUGCUUACAAUUAUUCAAGUUCAAUUGAGAAGGAGGGUGUGGAUUUAAAUCGCUUUACAGAUGAACGUAUUGGAUAUGCAACGGCGCUCAAUUUCAGCACCAGAGAAAUUGAAACUACUUACUAUACACUUGUAACUUCAUGGAAUAUGAAACAUCAAUUCGGAAAAUUAUCCGCAAUCACUGCUAAACAAAAAGAUCAAGAAGUUCUACGUAUUACAGCUUCAACAGCUGAUUUUGCUGGAUAUAAAAUAAGAUUUUUAGCUGCCAAUAUUGAACUUAAAGAAAUCAAUAUGUGUGUACUCAUUGAUAUUUCUAGAUCUCAUGCUGAUUCUAAAUCAAAUACUGUUUCACUUAGUGAAGCAUAUCCUCAACAACGAGAUUAUAUCACAAGAAGCAAUAUUUAA